ACCGUAACGUCCACACGACCGGGCAUAACGAAAACGAGUGGCAAACUUCAGAGUGAAGCAAUUAGAGAUGACAAGACAGGUGCCUUAGGACAUUAAUGUGAUUUUUUAAAAAAAGCCAAGUAGCUCCUAACUCGGGUAGAUUCAUUCAAACCGCCUACGAUUUCACAGUUUGUUUUGUGACACCUUUCGUUAAACAAAAAUGGAGAAUGACAGUGAAGAUUUGAGUGAAAAUUUCAGUACCUGCCCCGUUUGUUAUGUCAAGUUUGACGAUGAAGAAAACAAACCGAAAAUAUUGUCUUGCGGUCACACCACCUGUUUGCAAUGUCUAAAGAAAAUCUAUAGGAAUGGAUUAGUAUCAUGUCCCUGUUGUCGCCAUUGUGACCGUUGCGACCAAGGAGUUGAGAAAUUGCCAACCAGUCAGCAGGUCUUGCACAUCAUCAAGUUGACCGAGAAAUUGCGUCAUCGUCAAUGUCCACAAUUGACUACCCUCUCCAAAACUUUGGAGGUAGAAUCAUUGGUUAAGGAGCUACUGGAUAAUUACUCAACGGAUGAUGACGCAUUUUUCGAACAGCUGCGCAAGAUUAUUCGAUUUAUCGUCAACGAUCCAACUCGAUGUUUGGAUCCCGUUUGGAAAUUGCAAGAUAUUUUACAAGAUAAUACAAUGGCUGUUUCGAAAUUUCAUCAAACUAUUGCAGUUUACGUGGGUGAGAUGAAGCAACAACACUUGGAUUACCUUAUCAGUGAUGUACAGGCUCGUUGGUUCCUGUCCGAUAACACCCAGCGACCUAAUUUAUUAGACUUUCUUCAUAAAUUGACCAAUGAGGGACGUAACGAGCAACUAACAGCUAAAGUAAUGGAUGUGGUAGCGGGCUUUGUGUUUUGCGCCGACACAGCGGAUGAAUUAAUCGAUUCCUGCAUCGAGAUACAGAAAAAGAUUUUGAGCGAUGGAUGGACAUGCGAUCUGUUUAGUCAUUGGCUUUUUCACCUGGCUCAGACUAUCCAAACCCAGCCAGAGCAACGACUGGCGUUGGCAGCCAUGAAACUGCUGCGUCAUCUCUGCUACCUGUUUGCUGUCAAAAAAGCCGCAUCAAAUAAUUACUACCACAACGCCAGCGAGUUCAACGAUCUCGUUUUCCUACACUACAAGAAAAUUUACACAUUUAUCGAUCAAGAAUGGCAAUUAUUCGGCCAUGCCAUAGCUGGAUUCGUCACCUACGUGAUGGAAUGUCAAUCCGCAGCCAAUGAUAAUAUCCACAUUGCAGCUGUCAAAGAAAGACUGGCCUUUCUCGGAGUAUUCCUCAAGUAUGGCGAAAUGUGCAUGGAUGAAAUUGCAGCCACGUCCGUCUGGUUUUGCUUGAUGGACAGAACAAUUUCCGAUUUAGAUCCGGCCAUUUGUUUCGAAUGGUUUGCCAAAAUUGCUGAAAUGUCCAUGAUGCAUCCAAAAGCCAUCCAGUGCAUUUUCCACCAGCACAUUUUGAAAUUGGAUCCUCGUCAGAUGGUAAAUCAAACUGCCGUCUUCAUGGAUUGCUUCGAGCGUUUCUUCCAGGCUGUCCACUGCGCAGAAGGAGACACCUUUACGGAAGAUGUGAUAGAUCCUCGACCUGGACUGCAGUUCCUUUUGAAAAUUGUCCAAUACGCCGAACUAACCAUUGCCCAUCGAGCGUUUAACUUAGUGAAGGAAACGGUCAUCUACCUGGGCCCACGAUUGCUAUUCCCCCGUGUAGACGUUGACAGUGACGUCCUUGGUAGUUUGCUGGAUAGAUUUAGAGAUGAAUAUUUCUCCAAUAGAAUGCAAAGGGAAGAUCUUGUACAGUCGGAUGAAGAAGAAAUAAAUCUGAUGGAUGACCUAGCCGAGUUCCUAGAAAGAGAAGAUAUUUCAAAUAGCUUUGACAAUAUGGAAGAAGAUGAGGAAUUCAGUACUGGAAUUUUCCCCGUCACACCGGCGCCCCAAAGGUUUGAUAUCGCCAAUUCCAUUUUUCUUCUUACGGUCAUAAAGAGAGGCCGCCUGCUGGGACAGAUUCACAUCAAACCUUCGUCGCGUUUUGCUAGCGCCAAAUUCGUUCAAGAUUUGGGAACUUUCUGCUAUGAUCAUCCAAGAAAAAUUGGCCGGCGCAUUGCUAAGUCUCAAAAUUUACAGUCGACGAAAGACACAUUCGUCAGUUUGAAAAUGACGAACGCCAUGUUCCAGCCGGUUGUGCCGGAUAUGCUCAAUUACCGCAUUUGGCUGGAUUCUGACAAUUAUGCCCAAAAGGCUUGUCAGGUGGGCAUUACCGGCAUCGAGGCUGGUGCUGGUAGGAGCGAAAGCCGCGUCAAGGGAUGGCAAUUUGUCUUCUUCCUUCAUGACAUGGUACCAGGUGCCUACAAAUCAAAGAAAUCGCUGCUGUUCGGUGAUGUCGUUCAAGGCAUCGAUGUCGUCAAGUCACUCAGCUGUUCGAACCUCUUAACUUCCCAUUUUAGCGAUGGACUCCGCCUUAUCCUAGAAUCUGUGAAUUGAAAUCAUUUUAUUUUCAAAAUUUUUAAAUUAUCUUCGAAGCAUUGAACUCAAACUGUGGACUCAAAUUGUGAAUAAUCAAAACUGUACGGGCAACAUCAUGAUUUUCAUUUGAAUAAAUACCAAAGAUUCCAUUGUA